UCAGUGUUCACAAAGCUUAGAUGCGAAAACCUGCAGCAGAUUUUUACAGAUCGCACUGUCUCAUCGGUUUUUUUUAUUGCUGUUUUUUACACAGAUGAAUAGCACCUAUUUAGAUCGCAUGUUUGAAAACAGCUAUUAACUUUUCGUAACAGAACAUUUCUGGGAUUGUUUGCUACUUGGGAUUUACAGUUGUACAUCAAACUCCAAAUGAUAAUCUGUUUGGUGAAUAUUCGCGUCAGGGAAUAGCAGCUGGAAAAGAGAAAUACAAUGGGGAAACUCCAGUCAAAACACGCAUGCAAGCGCAGAGAAAGUCCUGAAGGAGACAGUUUUGUUGUAAACGCGUACAUCACUCGGAGAGGUUUGGAGGAGUGUGACAAAUACAACGGAGUCGAGAACAGAAUCAGAGAUAGACAGGAGUUGCUGAAUGAGGAGCUGAAGGACGGGCAUUUUCUUGAUGAUCACUGCCCCCUAGAGGUGGCGCUACCUCCAGAAAAGGCUGAGGGUUGUGCAAGUUAUAUGCCAUUUAUCCAUCAAGAAGAUGGAGAGAAAGCUAUUAUUAAAGACCCUAACAAAGGAUCAGGAAAGAAGAGAAUACAUCUGGAUGAGCUGGAGUGUGAUGUGUCAGUAGAGGAUGACAAUCGACAAGAAUGGACCUUUACUCUCUAUGACUUUGAUAACAGCGGGAAGGUAACCAAAGAGGAUAUGUCCAGCCUGAUGCACACCAUUUAUGAAGUGGUGGAUGCCUCAGUGAAUCAGUCCUCAAAUAACAGCAAGACUUUAAGAGUGAAGCUGACAGUCACUCCAGAACCCUGCAGCAAGAAGAAGGAUGUGCCUCUUGCAGGACAAGAUCGGGAAGGAAGUCGCUGUCGAAAUGAAACAGAGCACUUGGAAGAUGGGAGGAAUGGAGACAAAAGGCUGUCUGCUCAUAUCAGAAAAAACAAUGGCGAACAAACCCCGAACAAUGAAGGGGAUCAUUACUGUGUUGAUGAGAACACUGAAAGAAGGAACCAUUACCUUGAUUUGGCUGGAAUAGAGAACUACACUUCUAGGUUUGAUGCAGGGUCACCACCUUCACAACCCAGACAGGAGCAUCAUGGGAAGAGCUCCCACUCUCAGAACAGGUCUCGUUCACAGGAGUCUGAAGCGCACAACAUCCACCAUCGACGGUCCCAGUUACUGGCAGAUUACUUACUGCAUGCUGGGGAGCCCGUGGGCAGGGGCUUGGAUGUGCUGCAGAGGGGAAAAGGCCAGGAAAAGCAGUUUGUAAAGUCUCCUAAAGGGAUGUUGAAAAACCCUGGAAUGCCUGGUGUAAAUAAUGGGGGCAAGUUGAACAAAGGCCAUAACUACUACAUGCCACACAGGGCCUCACAGGCUGGACUGACUGGGCAAGAUGUUUAUCACCUCCAGCCUCAACAACAACAACAGCAACAGCAACAGCAACAGCAGCAGCAGCAGCACGGCCACAAGAAGUACAAGCAGAAGGCCAGAGAUGCCCACUCACCACUGAAGACUUCUCACCCCCAACCUACAGUGACAGAGCAUGAGUUGAAGAGGGAUUUACCACCAGUCCUUACCAACGAGGGCUAUGUUAUGCCAGUUGUACAAAGACAUGAACAUCACCAUCACCAUGAACACCACCAUCACCACCACUACCACCACUACCACCAGUCAUGACCAGCACCUUCUGUUGGGAAAUGUUACCAAAUGGAUUGUUUGUUACAGCCAGUAUUUCACUUACAGAUCCCUGCAGUAUGAGCUUUCUUGGCUAUCCAAAAGUCUCUUUGUGUUACGUACCAUACCUACAGGAACAGUUCACAACGUACAGAAAAUGGUGCUAUUGUGUUUAUCCAGCGUGAAAAUCUUUUUUUUUUUUUUUUAAAGGAUGAUAUUACAUGUGGAAACUUCUUUUUUUUAAAAUUGACAACAGUUACUGUUUCUGCUCAUCGUUGGAUCUCAGGUGUAAUAUACAGCUCCUAAGCUACACUGCAAAGGCUACUUUAUAAGCACAAGCCUGUUGUGGACGGUUGACUAUCUAUUUGGAAACCUUCAGAACACCACUGCCGUUUCUAAAGCCAAGGGGACACUAGUCUACAUGUUGCUAGAAAAAUGUAGAAAGGGAUACUUUUUUGUAGAAAGUGACGUGCAAGCUACAAGUUUCAGGCAACUUUUUUGCAAGCAACUGUAUCAAAGUAUCAAAGGACUGUUGAUUUUUAUAGAAGCAACAUAACAUCAUAGAAUAAAUCAGCCAAUGAAAGUGAUGUAAAAAGUCAUGUGACUAGCUUCUUCGCUGGCAAGAAAAACAAAGAAAAAUGUCUUUGUGAGGAAGACUCGCCUUAUCACUUUUUUUCAGGGUGACUCAUUUAAUGUAUAUAUAU